GUCACGUGACAUGACAUAUGCAAAUUUCAUCUGGAGUCGCGAAUCCCGAGUCCCGAAACCGUUACGUCAGUGAAAAUCGGGAACAAACGUGAUUGUAUAUUUCCAUAUGACAGUUGAAAAAUAGUCGUGCGAAGUAUGUGUUAAAUUGGAAAAAUGUCCGAUAUCCUAAAGAACCGUGUUUAUUACGCUGCCAGAGAUGGAAUGUCAAUUGCAUUGUUUACGUUAAUUUCGGAGGCAAACGAAAACGAUGUGGACAGAUUGUUGAACGAGAGGUUUGUGGAGGAAGAUGGACAAGAAUGUACUCCUCUUAUUGUCGCAGCCAAGCGCGGACACGACAAAGUCGUGCGGAUGCUCCUGACAAAAUUCCAACCCAACCUGGAGCAAGAGGGUAUAGUCAAGUUUGAUGGCUAUGUUGUCGAGGGUGCAAGUGCUCUCUGGUGUGCAGCUUGUGCUGGACAUGUCAAUGUUGUCAAGUCUUUGGUAAAAGCUGGUGCUGAUGUUAAUCAUCCAACAAAAACAAAUUCGACUCCAUUGAGAGCAGCUUGCUUCGAUGGCAGGUUGGAUAUAGUUAAAUACUUGACAUACCACAGUGCCAAUAUACACAUUGCAAAUAAGUACAAUAACACAUGUUUAAUGAUAGCUGCAUACAAGGGACAUUUAGAUGUGGUCAGUUUUCUCUUGGAAAAUAGUGCUAAUCCUAACGAAAAAGCUCUCUGUGGUGCUACCGCUCUGCAUUUUGCCGCAGAGUGUGGUCAUGUUGACGUAGUUAAAGAAUUAUUACUCUAUGGUGCAGUGUUCUCUGAAAACGACUCUGGAAUGACUCCUAUAAAGGCUGCAGCUGAAAGGACGAAAGAUGCAGUGGUGGAAUAUUUGGUGGAAAGACCAGAAAUUUUGAAAGAGGAGCGAAUUGAAGCGCUGGAGCUGCUUGGAGCAUCAUUCGGAAACGACAAAGAGGCAUAUGACAUUACCAAGGCCUUUGAGUACAUGAUGAGGUCAAUGGAAUUGAGGUACAGUGAUCCAAACAAUAUUGUGAAAAAACAGUUAAAUCGUCCGAUUCCUGCUUACGAGAAUUGGGUCGAGUGCCAGACGAUUGGAGACUUGAUGGGAAUUCGUCAAAAUGUCAAUAGUUUGCAUAUGGAAUCGUUGGCGAUUCGCGAACGUAUAUUGGGUCCUCAAAAUCCAGAAGUGCCUGCUCCCGUGAUUUAUCGAGGCGCCGUCUUCGCCGACAACGGCCGUUUCGAUCGCUGUCUCGAAUUAUGGCUUCACGCUCUCAAACUACGACAGAACAACCACAUUUCUGUCGUUAAAGAUCUUCUGAGGUUUGCUCAAGUGUUCUCUCAGAUGAUGAGUGUUGGAGUACAAGUGACAUACAACCAUGUGAUGGAAGUACUGGCUGCGGCUAUUCUGGAAUUGGAGAGGAAUAAAGCAAGACUGGCCAAUCCUGGCCCGAAAGAUGACCAUGAGACUGUAAUGGUAAUAUGUUUGUUUAUCAAAUUAUUGGAUGAGAUUGAAAGCAACUUGACAACUACACUGUACCUGUUAACUAUAUUGACAAAGUUGAUGAAACAAUGCACUGAGGAAGAGAAAUUCAACGUGAAACGUAUGGUUUUCACGUUGACUCAACUACAACUGACUCUGCGAGAUGGCCAAACAUUGUUACAUCUGGCAUGCAAUGCGGAAACGCCCGUUGACGAUUUUCACACAAACGACGUGUGCAAAUUUCCAUGUGCGGAAACCACCAAACUGCUGAUAAAUUGCGGGGCAGACGUCAACGCAAUGGAUAAGGGCAGAAACACACCGCUGCAUGUAAUCGUUAACUACCACAAGGCCAUUUCGGAUUUCAUGACAUUGCACACGAUCAUAACUGAGCUGACAGACAAGGGCGCCCACAUCGACUGCGUGAACAGUCGGGGUGAAACGCCCCUGGAUUCUUCAGCCACAGGUGUCGCUGAAAUAAUCCUGAAAACACAAACGAAAAUAAGUCUGAAGUGUUUGGCUGCGAACGCCGUGAAGCAGUACAAUAUAUCCUACCAGGGUCAAGUGCCGCAAGCGCUGGAAGCGUUCAUCGAGCUACACGGCCCCGGUAAAAUACCAUCCUAGUCAAAUUGUUUGUAAUUUUUUUUUUACUCGAAGUGUAUAUUUUUGUUGUUAACAUUACUGCCUAAGCUUUACUUGCGGAACAUUUAACGACGCGAAAGUGAUGGUUGUUAAAAAAAUGUGAUAUUUAUUGGUUAGAUUGAAGUUCAAAAUGCACUUUUUUAAGUGAGGUACGAAAUUGCACUAAAAUAAGUUCAAAGCAAAACAAUAAAAACCAAACGAAUACUCAGCCUAAAUGUGGUGCUUACUCUAAAUAGAUCUCCAGGAAAUAAAUUAGCAAAACUACUUUCUCACUUUUAUGAUCUGAACCAAUAAAUAAAUAUAAAUAAAGACACCAGUUUUUAUUAAAAAUACUUAAGGUAUGUCAUUUGUCUCUCUUACUGCCCAUUUACUUAGCUCUCUUUCCAUGAGUGUUGCCUUGACAUUUUAUGAAUUGGAUUAGAUUAGACAGCCUUUGACCAUUAAUUGUUUGACUACUAAAACUAAUCCCAAAUUUUUUUCAAUAAAUAACUUAUUGUAACACAAAUUGGGCAAUAUCGUACCUCAAUGGCAUAUAAAUUGUAAAUGUUCCGACUUUAGUUAAAUUUCGUUGAAACAGUUGGUGUUAUUUUACGAGACUGCUGAUUUUUUUAUAAUAAAUGUUGGCUCUUGAUUAAAUAAUAUAAGAGUGGCUCAUUGAAGGACACAUUUGGUACUUUUGUUUAAUUGGAAAUAUUUAUUGUACAUGACUAUUAAUUGAAUAUAUAAAGAAUUGUAUCGAAAGUGUUCUAUAUAAAAGAAUUUCUGUGUUAAAUUAUGGCUAGGGCGAAAUUUGUUACUCACGCGUACUUGAUAAGUCAAAUUUUGUCCCAGCAAAGCCAAUAAUAAACGACAUAUCUAUUGUUAUAAUUUUUUAUUAAAUGUUAACAGAAAUUAAAAUGAGUUUUUAGGCGCUGCUUUUUGAGUUUGUCUGAUAAACCAAUGCAAUUUAAUUUAGCUUAAAGACUUCUUUCUAAUGGUGCAUCUAAAUACAAAGACCUUUGAUAAUACAUAGUAUAUAUUUUACACUAGAUUUUGUAUUUUUAAUAAAAUUAAUGUGUGAUAAAA